GUUGUCUCUUUCUUUUGGAGAGCCUGAGACAGAAACUCUAGAGACAAAGCAGCAGUUGUGUAGUUAUCAGUCUUUUUGUUUUCUGCCAUCAGCGUCAGUUCAAUAUUUUAUUAAGAUCAUUAACAGCUUUUGAUUUAGAGGAAGAUUUUUUUUAAAUAUCACUGUUUAUGUCUUAACAUUUGAUUUCUAAUUUUGCACGUUUUCGUCCUGGGAGCUGCUGGAGCGCAACAAAAACACCAAAAACUGUCUAACCAGCUGCCACAGGUGUCCUCACGAUUGUAACAGAUUCAUGGAGAAGGCACUGACAGUAGUUCUGCCUCUUUUUCUUACACUUUGUGUGAACAUGCCAGAAGUUGGUGGACAGAAGGAGGGAGCACAGGUUGACAACAAAGGUUCAUCACGUUCUUCAGAAACAAAAACAGGCCGGUGCUCUUACACCUUCAUAGUGCCUCAGCAGAAAUUGACAGGGGCGCUGUGUCUGAACACGCAGCCUGCUCCUACCAACCAUUCAGAAGUGUCAGCCUUAUGGGCAGAGCUCAAACAACAGCAGGAACAACUAGAGAAGCUAAGAAGCCAACUGGAGCAGGAAGGGGCCCUUGCCACUGAAGUAAGGGCCUUGCGCAAAGAGAGCAGCAGUAUGAAUUCUCGCAUCACCCAGCUCUAUGCUCAGCUGUUACAUGAAGUUAUAAACAAGAAAGAUCAGGCCUUGGAGCAGCAAAGGGUGGAGAACCUUCUGCUAAAUGCGACAGCACAGGCACUGCAGGUGUCCAGUGAUUACAGGGAGCUGGAGAAGAAAUAUGGAGCCCUCACCUCUAUGAUGAGUUCCCACCACCAGUUUAUUGCCCGUUUGGAGAAGAAAUGCCAGUGCAGGGACUCUGCCCAGCCCUCUCAGGUCGUGACUGAACCACCCAAAAGACAGUCAAAUGUGCAUCUGAAUUACAGUUCUGAAACCAACCAAAUGACCAAUGAUGUUCAACGGGACCAAAGUGCUCUUCCAUUAGAGCAAGCUCAAACAGGGGGAGGUCCUUUCCAUCCCCCCACUACCACCAGCAGUCCUACAGACCCUUCCUUCUUUAGCUUCCCUGUCACGAAAACUCCAGGGCCAUGGCGGGACUGUCAGCAUGUGUUAGAAUCAGGUGAAACUACCAGUGGGAUCUAUUUGCUCCGGCCGCAGAGUUCCAACCGACUCCUGCAGGCCUGGUGUGAGCAGAGUCAAGCUCAGGGAGGGUGGACGGUCAUCCAGAGGAGACAAGAUGGGUCAAUCAACUUCUUCAGAGACUGGGAACAUUAUAAGCAAGGCUUUGGGAACCUAGAUGGAGAGUACUGGCUUGGUCUGGAAAACCUGUACUUGUUGACCAAACAGGCUCAGUAUAAGUUGCGGGUGGCCCUGGAAGAUUGGCGUGGCCGGCAGGUGUUUGCUGAGUAUGACAGCUUCUAUGUGGAACCAGAGAGCGACUGGUAUCGACUGCGGUUGGGACUGUAUCACGGCAAUGCAGGGGACUCCCUCUCCUGGCACAGCAACAAGGCCUUUACCACUCUGGAUCGAGACAAAGACAGCUAUGGAGGUAACUGUGCUCAUUAUCAGAAGGGAGGCUGGUGGUAUCACAUGUGUGCUCACUCCAAUCUGAAUGGUGUGUGGUAUCGUGGUGGACACUAUCGAAGCCGGUACCAGGAUGGCGUCUACUGGGCAGAGUUCCAUGGAGGAUCGUACUCCCUUAAACGGGUUUCCAUGAUGAUCAAACCUAAAUAACAAGGUUAUCUUAUGGACAUGUGCAAAGGAAAGACAUGAUGUGGAUGAUAUUCACAUAUGUGCAGAGAGAAUAAAACAAACUCCAUCUGUGACUCUGCGUUUAAUAAAAAUGAUAUUUUAAA